AUGUAUUUUGACUAUAUAGAUUUGCACAAUAAUAGCUUGGAAGGUUCUCUUCCUCUUCCUCCUGCUGGUGGUUAUCUGCUAGAUCUGUCGAUGAAUCAGUUUAAUGGUUCUAUUCCUAGUCACAUCGGUGCGUAUCUUGAAAAUGCAAGGUUCUUAUCCUUGUCGCGGAAUAACCUCAGCGGAGCGAUUCCAGAUUCUAUUUGCACUCCAUAUUUGCAGGUUCUUGACCUUUCAAAAAAUACGCUGAGCAGUGUCAUUCCUCCUCAUUUAACCAGGAAUUGUUCUUCUCUUAGUGUUCUAGAUUUGGCAGAAAAUCAUCUGGAAGGUAAAUUGCCAGCAGAGUGGGGCAACAUUACAAACAUGCAUACAUUGAAGCUCAAUGGUAAUCAUUUGAGAGGAGUUAUUCCCUCAUCCAUUUCAGAAGGCCGAUCUCUGCAAGUAUUGGAUUUGGGAAAUAAUGAUUUGGAAGGCACCCUUCCCCAGUGGAUUGGAAAGCUAUCACAGCUGCAUGUGUUGGUCUUAAGGUCUAAUCAUUUUCAUGGCAGUAUCCCACGCCAGGUAAUUGGCCUUCCGAAUCUUCAAAUUCUGGAUCUUUCUGGCAACCACCUUUCAGGAGCUAUUCCAAGCAACCUUACAAACCUGCUUGCAAUGGUCAAUGCAUCGCAGAAUAAUUCAAACCAUCUCGAAGAAAACAGUUCAAGUGGUGCUACAUAUACAAAUCAGAUCAAAAUUUCCUGCAAAGGCUGGGAUGUUGAAUUUGUGAAAGUUCUCUUUAUUCUUAAAUGUAUUGAUCUUUCAAACAACAGUUUAUCAGGGAGCAUUCCUUUUAAAAUGGGAUCUCUUCAAGGCUUGAUAGCCCUUAACCUUUCAAGGAAUCAUCUCAGUGGCCGAAUCCCAAAAACAUUGGGACACAUGGAACAACUAGAGUCUCUGGACCUCUCGCUAAACAGGUUGAAUGGCAACAUUCCCUUAGAACUUGAGUUCCUGAGUUAUUUGGAGUUCUUGAAUCUAUCUUACAACAUGCUUGAUGGAAAAGUACCCCAUGGAGGACAGUUCCUAACUUUUGGGGAGUCGUCCUACUUAGGAAAUCUUAACCUAAGUGGGAUUCCAUUUACCAAUAUAAGCGUCUGCAACAACUCUUCUGGCUAUGGCAACUGCACAAGUAUUGAGAGAAUUGGUGAAGCAAAGAAUUCAGAUGGUGAAAUGAUAGGAUGGGCAGUCGGACUUGGAUUGAGUUAUGGUUUGGGAUUCUCUGUUGUGAUUGGAGUAUUGAAUUUAAAUAAGAGGGUGAGAAAGAGAGCCUUCGAUUUUUAUGAUGUAAUUUUAGCUAUUGAUGGGUGUAUAAGAGGUUAA